AUGAUAAUUUCGCAGUCUGAGGAGAACGACUUAUCGCUGACGACCACAGUUGCGAAUUUGAACUCUCUGGCUUCGGGCUGCCUUUCUUCUAAGAUUGCUUCCUCAUGUGCUACCGUGUUGAGGCAGGAUCCUGUUUGUUCGCUUCACUCACUAGAUUCUAUGCCAUAUUCCUUGCCAGCUUGUUUGUCCUGUUAUUCUUCGACAAGAUCGUCUGAGCAAGUCAGACAGCAGCUGACAAACAAAAACUCCACGUUUAUCAAUCCUUCCGAAGCUUCCUCUAGUGCCUCAACCACAAUCCUCCUAUCGUCUUCUUCCUGCAUGGCCGCAUCCGUCUCUACUUCAUCUUGGGCACCCAUCAAUUGUUCCUCGCAUGUAACAAAACAGCAGAUGCAGAUACACUGUGGAGCAUCUGUUGAACUACCUUUGCUGGGUGGAAAAGGGAUGAUUGCAUAUAGUGGAGACAAUUCUUUAUUUAAAGGCCGACCUGUUCAAGCCUUAAAUUACAAGACUAAGGUGGUGGUCGAUGUUGUGUUGGUGAGACAUGCCGACCUAUUCGACAAAGAUUGGGAGAACAAAAAAAUGCUUGUAAAGGAAGCUGGGUCCAACUACGCUCUUGCAGUUGGGAUACGAUCUCCUGUCCACCUCGUUCAAUUCUCCUACCUCACAAUGCUCAUCGAGUGUCAGAACACUCUUCGAUUCCUGUGA